AUGUUUAAAAGCGAGGAAGGAGAAGAGGAUUUUUACAGUGAUGUUUUGCAACAACCAUCCACUAAUUCGGAAAUUGAGAAUUUAAAAGAAGAAAUUGAGAGAUUGCGCUUGCAGCUUGAACAAACAGAAAAACAAUUACAUGACACUCAAACAAAAUUAAAAGAGAAAGAGAAGGAAAAUAAUCAGUUACGAGUGAAUAUUUCCAAACUCUACUACACAGCCAAGCAAGAAAUUGAAAAGUUAUCACAAGGAGAAGUGAGCAACAGCAAUCAUCAAACGAAAAAACGCAAAAAGUAG